UGUGGAUGUAACAGGUGAAACAAGCACCACAAGCUUCCUUUCAGACUGCAUGCAGUCUGUAAAUCCACUAUAUGGUUCAUUAUGUGGCAAUCCAUUUGAUGACGGAACAAUUAGUGGUGAUUCAUCAGCAUGUUAAGUGACAGCAAUCAAGGUUCAGAUAGUGAUAGCUCUGGCAGUAGUGAUGAAGAAUUCAGGUCUGACAGUGAUUCCCCUAGUUGUGACAGUGCUACAGUAACAGCUUUGGAUAUUCAAGGAGAAUUAGAAAUUACAAUGUCUGACAGUGAUUCCCCUAUUUGUGACAGUGCCACAGUUACAGCUCUGGAUAUUGAAUCAGAAAUUACAAUGUCCGACAGUGAUACCCGUUGUGACAGUGCCACAGUUGGAGAAGAGGUGAUGGAAGUAGUGCGAGGACAAGAACAAGAAAGAAAUGAUGAUCCAGUGUAUGGCCCAGAAACAAUGAAAGAAAGCCUGGAUAAGUUGAAAGAAGCCAUAAAUGAUAAAUUUGAAGAUGUAAAGAAACUCAAGCAUGAUGUAAAACAUUUUGAGAAGUUUAUAGACUUUCAAAGGGUUAUUGCUGAGGUAGCUCAAAUAGAGGAACUAUUCCAUGGUAAAUGCCAAGUGGCAGAAUGCACAAACAACAGAAAAAUUACCUAUCGAAAAAUUGAGAAUGGUGUUCUAACUAUUUCUUACUCUUGCCCCGAUGGCCACAGUGGAAUGUGGCAUUCUUCAUCACUACAAGGGCACAAGAGAGGACAACGGAUGUUUGCUAUUUCAACACUGCUAUCUUCAUCUGUACUAGUAACUGGCAAUAAUUUUGAUAAAGUGGAAUUGUUGUUUAAAUUUCUCAACUGUGCUUUUGUUUCAAAGAGCACCUUUAAUCGUAUGCAGUCAUUUUAUGCAGUACCGGCCAUUGCCGAGAUGUGGAAGAACAUGAAAGAUGGAUUAGAAGAUAUUUAUAAGAAUGAGACAGUGGUGUUAUGCGGCGAUGGCAGAAUGGACUCCCCAGGUUUCAGUGCAAAGUAUUGUGUCUAUUCAAUAAUGGAACAACACUUGGGGGUAAUCCUGGACAUGGAAAUAGUAGACAAAAGGGAGGCUGGGGGUACAUCAACUGUUAUGGAGAAGAUAGGUCUUAAGAGGCUGUUGGAGAGGCUCAUGCAUAAGAUCAACAUAGGAGAACUUACAACUGAUGCAUCAUCAACUGUUAUAAAACUUGUACGUGAUUUAAAAGGUCUUCACAGUAAUAAACUAAAGCAGCUUGUUCACUCCUUGGAUAUCUGGCACAAAGCAUGCAAACUUACUGCAAAACUGACAAAGGCUGCCAAAAUAAAGGGAAAUGAGGACAUACGUCAGUGGAUUGAGCCAAUUCGAAACCACUUCUGUCAUUGUGCUGAGAUUGCUAGUGGAAGUGAAAAUGACUUAAAAAAUGCAUGGCUUGGAAUUGUACAUCACAUAUGUGGUGAACAUGAGUGGGCUGAAGGAAAGUGUGCUCAUGGGCCUCUGACAGAACUUGAAAAUAGCAAGAAGUGUUUGUCACAAGGUUCCAAGUCUUUUAAAGCAGUACAAGACAUUAUUCUCAAUCACAAGUGGCUGGACUCCCUUAAGUUUUAUGUGUACUUUAGGCAUACAGGGCAGCUAGAGAGCUUCAACUCCAUGAUGCUCAAAUAUGCACCAAAGAGGAAUGCAUUUAGCUAUGAUGGAUUCACUGCCCGUGUACAACUUGCAGCAAUGGACCACAAUUUCCAUCUCUUUCGUCCAGUCAUUCCAGGAAGAGGAAAGAAAGUCUACUCUAAGCGAUCAAAGAAUUGGAGGAUCCAGUCUGUGAAGAAAGAAAAAACAUACAAAUUCUNAACAAAAUUUUACUACUUUAGCAUGAUAGUCAAAUAA